CCUCUCCUCCACAACCUUGAACUGGACUUGAAGCUGCCUGAGCUGGAGAGCAAGUGAAUCCGUUAGAGACACAACCGAGGAAAUUCUGUUCACCGAGGACAGAGCCGAGCCUGAGCAGCUAGCAAUCGGCUUCUCGACAUCUCAAUGAUAAGGUAGCUCUGGUUUAUCUUCAACCGAUACAUCUCAACACCGCAACAAGACACAGACACCCUCACAGUAACCACAGCGGCAACUUACCAUGGCGACGACUAUUCCGACGAAUCCGACUCCGCAGACGGUCAGUCAACUCCUGACGAAGAUCUCCGAUCCAGACCCCGAUUUCCGGUUUAUGGCACUCAGCGAUCUCCUUGCUGUGUUCACCAUCGCAAAGAACGACUUCCUGAACCAUGACUACAACACAGCAUCGCGGACUGUCGAUCACAUUGUGCGGGCUUUGGACGAUCAGAAUGGAGAGGUCCAGAACCAGGCGAUCAAAUGCCUUGGACCUUUGGUCAAAAAGAUCAGUUCCCAAUUAAUCGUAACGUUGAUAGAGAAGCUCUGCAGCUUGAAACUCAAAAACUCCGUCGACAACUCAGUCCCCUCCUUGGCCAUCCGAGCUGUGGUGGAGGCGCUUCCCCGACCUAUCCCCGGUAUCACGCCCACAAAAGAUGUCAGCGAGGCAUACAAUAACGUUAGCAGAGUGCUCAUUCCCCGGUUUAUUGGGCGAACGAACUCUGCUGGCAAAUUUAUCCCGGGCAUGCUAGACACGGAGGACCCGAACUCGGAUUCUGUUGAUGUCCUUAUCGAAGUCGUCAGAUGCUUCGGCCCCAUGCUUCAGCCAUUCGAGAUCGAGGCACUUCAGAGCGCGGUUGUUACUCUCUUGGAGAAGGACAAGGGGAAUUCCGUAGUCAAGAAGAGAGCCGUCGUUGCAAUCUCCAUGCUGGCCCACUACCUCUCCGACGAUCUGCUUACCGCCUUCAUCGACCGUACCGUCACGGUGUUGAAUGAUCCACAGUUGAAGCCGCCAACUCGUCGACUAUACAUAACAAUCCUGGGCUCAAUGGCACGCUCAAUCCCUUACAGAUUUGGUCGCCAUCUUUCCGUGUUGGCACCUGUCAUUCUCCGGGCCCUAGGCGAUGAAGAACUUCAAGCCUCCAUUGAAGAGGUCAACGAGGGGGCUGAGGCUUCCCUCGAAUUCAGCGAAGUUAGAGAGGCGGCGCUAGUCGCGUUAGAGGCUUUCCUGGCGGCAUGCCCAACACAGAUGCGCCCCUUUACUGAUGACUCUAUCGGGGCGUGUCUUCGAUACCUGAAGUUCGACCCAAACUAUGCCGUUGACGACGAUGAGGACAUGGAAACCGAAGAAGAGGACGAAGAUGAGAUGGAGGAAGACGAUGAAUUUGAAGGCGGUGGAGGCUUCGAUGAUGAUGAUGAUGCCAGCUGGAAGGUCCGGCGCUGCGCAGCAAAAGCGUUGUACACCAUCAUCUCGACGAGGAGCAGCGGCGAUCUUCUUGAUAGCGGCGUUCUGUACGGGACGGUGGCCCCAGCUCUUGUCAAGCGGUUUGAUGAGCGCGAGGAAAAUGUGCGCCUUGAGGUCUUGGCAGCGAUGGCUCUUCUCGUGCGGAAGACUGGGGAAGGCGUGAUUCCGGAAUUGUCCAUUGACAGUACCCAGGGCGAUUAUCUAAACCAACUGCCUCCGAGUAGGAAGAGAAGACGCCAGAGCAGUGCUGGCGGCUCUUCCUCGUACGCCCUUACCAUCAGCUCGUCAGAUUUGUCAGGCACCGGCCUCACUUCGCCGACCUUGGAGAAGGUACCCCCGACCGGGCCGCGUGCCGACCUUGCCAACCUCACCCCGACAAUCAUCAAAUCCGUAGCCAAGCUGCUCAAGGGAAAACUCAUUCCAACCAAGCAGGCCUCCAUUACUUUGCUGGACGACAUGGUGUCUGUACAAAGGGGCGGGUUAGCGCCGUACUUUGAACAGAUUGUUGGUCCAAUAAUAGAGGCUAUCAAGUCAUCGAGUAAUGCUUCUACGGCAGCAUCGCUUUCGUCUGCUGGGGGCAGCGCGUCCGCCACAGGCACCACGCUGAGGAUGGCUGCACUUCGCCUGACCAGCAAUAUUGCGAAAAACCACCCCUCGGCCGUCCUCCAACCCCACUUGCCAAAGCUCGUUGCGAGCGUGGUUGCCGUUGCCCAUGAUCGAUUCUACAAGAUCUCGAGUGAGGCUAUUCAGACGGCUGAGGAGAUUGUCAAAGCCAUCACUCCCCCGAGGUCCCGUAUGACAGCUCAGAAAUUUCAGGGAGAGCUACACAAGCUCUAUGAUGUACUUAUCGACCGAGCAAGCGCCAACGACGCCGAUGCUGAAGUCCGGCAGAAGUCUAUCCACGCUCUCGGUACCCUUCUGGCCCGAACAACUGGAUCGGAGGGAUCGAAUCUUCUGCCUGACGCCAAGCGUCAGGCUGCACUCAGUUGCCUUCUCGAUAGGCUCAAGAACGAGACAACAAGGCUGGCAGCAGUUAGGGCUGUGGAUACUGCAGCUGCCAUGUCACUCGGUGCCGUUCAAUUUGAGCCCCAAUGGACUCGCCAAGUUGUCGUUGAGCUGGCCGCCCAGUUGCGGAAGUCGAAUCGUGCACUGAGAGGGUCAAGCAUCGUGGCGCUGAAGCACCUCAUUCUGACCCCUGCCACCAAGGGCGCGCUGGAUAAGACAACCAUUCAAAGCAUCGUUGCCGCGUUGAUUCCCGCCAUCGCUAAUAACGAUGCCCAGCUCCUUGGCCCGGGGCUUCUUGUACUUGCGUCUCUCACCCGAGAGGCGCCGGACAUCGUGGUCACGACGGAAGUGAUUGGGGCCCUCUGCACCCUGCUUCAAACCACCGUUGCAGGAACCGUCCUCGAUUCUCUCCUCGUUCUUGUGACGCACGCGGGCCAAAUGGGCCAAGGGAAACCGCUCAUGGCCGCAUUGCUGAAAGACGUCGGUGUUGGUGGCGACCCUUCCGUUGUUGGCAAAGUCAUAGGUACACUUCUUGUCGCGAGUGGAAAUUCGGCCGGCGUGACAUUGGACAGCUUCAUUCAGGAAGUCAAGACAAAUGCGGCAGACCAGGCCAGGGCGAGUCUUGCUCUUGCCGUGAUCGGCGAAGCCGGAUUGCGGCUUGGCAGCAAGUCUCCAGUCCCGCCAACUCUCUUCCUGGAGCAAUUCACGAAUGAGUAUGGAAAGGUGUCAGUUGCAGCGGCGACUGCUCUCGGACGAGCUGGAGCCGGGAAUGUCUCGCUAUAUCUGCCAGUAAUCCUGCAGUCGAUGAAGCGGAAAGGCAGCACGCAGUAUCUGUUGCUGCAGUCAAUUAAGGAGGUCCUCCAACAGGUUGCACUCUCGUCCACCGACAUUGGGAAGUAUUCCGCUGCCAUUUGGGAUGAGAUUCUUGCCGCCACCGACGCUGAGGACAACAAAGCCGUCUGCGCAGAAUGCAUAGGGCGCAUGGUAAUAAUUGACCCGAAGACUUACAUGCCAAAACUGGAGAUUUUGUUGAGAAACGAAUCCGCCGUCCUGAGGGCCAUCGCCGUCCAGGCUCUUCGAUACACUCUCCCCGAUGAGAACGAGGCAUUCGAUGCGGUACUCAGGAAUUCCCUAGUUGGCAUGCUCAAAACCGCUUUAAGCGAUUCUGAGAUGGAGAUCCGGCGCCAUGCCAUGUCCACGCUGACUUCGGCGGCGAACAACAAGCCUGAGCUGAUUCUCGAGCAUCUCAAUCAACUGGUGCCGCGAGUCAUGGAGGAGACGGUCAUCAAGCGGGAGCUCGUCCGUGAGGUGCAAAUGGGUCCAUUCAAGCAUAUCAUUGAUGAUGGCCUGGAAGUGAGAAAGGCGGCAUACGAGACGCUAUACGCUCUCAUGGAGACUGCCUUCUCACGUGUCAGUAUCAUUGAUCUCUACGACAGGAUCGUCGCCGGCCUCUCAGACGACAAUGACAUCCGGGCACUCUGUAAUUUCAUGGUGUCAAAACUGAUCUACCUGGAUCCUGACGAGACCGGGCGGCGGCUUGAUUCCAUUGCAGAGGCAUUCAGGAAGACGCUGUCUCAUAAGCUCAAGGACAAUGCCGUCAAGCAGGAAAUUGAGAAACAGGAAGAAGCCAACAAAGCGGUUUUGCGGGUCACUCUUCUGCUGAGCGACAAGCUGAAGGUUGGAGCCAACAUGGGUGGCGGCGCGGGUGCUUCCGGUCAAGUGUGGACUAGCUACUGGGAGUGGGUUAACAGAGAUUUCGCGGGCCAGCUGAAGAGUAUCCAGGACGAGAGUAAGGACCUGGGGUCUAGCACUCUUUAGCAAGAUGACAAGUUCUCCAGCAGACUCGCUUGCCUAAAGAGAACGAGGAGAGAGGAGCAAAAGGGCGAGUUCACUAGUGGUCCACAUAGGGAGUCCACGUGACAUUGUAGACACAGAAACGUCUGUUGUUGCACUUUACCUUACUGGCAAAAGAGAUGCUUUCGUGAUUCGUGU